GCCGUGCUCGGCUGUUUCCUGUGCUCUGUGUCACCCAAAACAAGUUUGAAACAGACAAAUCACAGAAUAGCGCGCUUGCUUGUAUUUUAACUUCUGCGGAAGGGUUUAGCAUCACUCGCUAUGUGAUACAGAGAGCAUCUUUGGACGGAGGAUCAUGGACAGUUACUUAUUCGUGAGAGUUGUGGGGAAGGGGAGCUAUGGGGAGGUGAAUCUGGUCAGACACAAAUCAGACCGUAAACAGUACGUGAUCAAGAAGCUGAACCUGAGAACAUCCUCCAGACGCGAACGGCGAGCCGCGGAGCAGGAAGCACAGCUCCUCUCACAACUCAAGCAUCCCAACAUCGUCACAUACCGGGAAUCAUGGGAAGGCGAGGACUGUCAGCUUUACAUCGUGAUGGGAUUCUGUGAGGGAGGAGAUCUUUACCACAGACUCAAACAGCAGAAGGGAGAACUGCUUCCUGAGAGACAAGUUGUGGAGUGGUUUGUUCAGAUUGCCAUGGCCCUCCAGUAUUUACAUGAGAAGCACAUUCUGCAUCGAGAUCUGAAAACGCAGAAUAUCUUCUUGACCAAGACCGAUAUAAUCAAAGUGGGUGAUCUGGGCAUCGCGCGGGUCCUGGAGAGUCAGAACGACAUGGCCAGCACUCUGAUCGGCACACCUUACUACAUGAGUCCAGAACUGUUCUCCAACAAACCUUACAACUACAAGUCAGACGUGUGGGCCCUGGGAUGUUGCGUGUAUGAAAUGGCAACUCUAAAACAUGCUUUCAACGCAAAAGACAUGAACUCUCUCGUGUAUCGUAUCGUUGAAGGGAAGUUGCCCCAAAUGCCGAGUAAGUACGACCCCCAAUUGGGAGAACUGAUCAAGCGGAUGCUGUGUAAGAAACCAGAGGACAGGCCAGACGUCAAACACAUUCUCCGACAGCCGUACAUCAAACAGCAGAUCUCCAUGUUCCUGGAGGCCACAAAAGAAAAAACCGCCAAAUCACGGAAAAAUGCAGCGAACAGCAAACCGAACAGUGCCGGAUCUAAUGCAUCAACCAAACCAAAUCAUGACGUUCAGCCACAAUGUCUUAACUCUGAAUCAAAGGCCAGAGGAAGAAAGGUCGAAGAAAACCACUUGAACCGACAAAAACCCUGUAAUGCUGCAGUGGAAAAAGUGCUUCCUGACCCACACUUGCCCCCUAAAUCUCCAAGUCGGGACAUUCUUAACUCAACAGGUCCAUCUACAGCAACCAUUAGCAAUAUAGACAUUGAAAUCCAAUCCCAGGAACAAAAACAGAGAAAAGCCAAAAAACCCAGCAGCCAUCAGAACCACAAGCCGCCAUCUGUGAGCAAGAGGAGAGAGAAAGAGGAGAAAGAAGAUCCUGGUCCUGCUCAGACACACCCUCUGAAACAAGCAUUAGGUGUCAGCAGAGCGGAGGAUAAGAUAUCAGCGAAUGGACUGAUAUCUCCAAACUCAACUACACCCAAGCCUGCAGAUCGAACCAAGAUGCUAAGCAAGAAUCAGGCUCUUAAUGCAAGUAUGGACCUUGAAGACGACACUAUGAAGCUUCUGCAUGAGGCAGGGAUGGAGGACAUCCCACACGAGCCUAUGGAACAACAUCACAAUGCUGAGACAAAGUCGGAGACUGUUGAUGAUGAUCUUAGCAACGCUUGUGUCCUAAAGGAUGUUCCCACUGGAAGUUCAACUGAGGAGAGUGAGGGAAGUUUAGACUCCACAGAGAAACUACUCAAGCCUGUUCCUGUAAUUGUAAUGGAGCCUUCCAGUUCAGAGUCCACUUCAGCUCUCUUAGAUCAAAGCAGACCAGUUCUUCAGCCCUCUUCCUCUGAACCAUCCAUGUCACGUCAGCACAGGCAGAAGAAGAAAGACAAGUCCCUCGAUGACCAGAACAGCCAUCAAGUCAAAGCAGUGCCCAGACCUCUGCCACCUCUUCCAGAAGAUGUCCUAUCAGUAAACAAUGAACAGAAAGGCCACAGACCUGCCAAUUUCUCGUCCUCUACCAAGAACUGUCCAGAGCAGCAGAACCGUCCACUGUCAGCCAGGGAAAGGAGAAGACUGAAGCAAUUACAGGAGAACUCCAGACAACAAGCUGUGUCCGCUGUCAAAAGGGAGCCUUGUGAUGUCCCCUCAUUAGACAGUAAGCAGACAGACCAUCUAGACUGCCCAAGACCUGCCAGCACAACUUUGGAAACAAGAAAGGAGAGGAAGUGCUCAUGGAGACAGUCUGACGAAGACGAUUGUAGUUCCUCCACCAGCUCCACUGAACGUUCAGAGGGCGACUACAGAGAACGAAAGUUUGAGACCAAUGAGAUGCAAGACUUGGUCCAAAUGAUGACGCAAACGUUACACAUGGAUGCCAGAGAUGUAUCAUUUGAGCCAGAUGGGUCGAGAUGCCACUCCACUCCACUGCCUGAGUUCAAACUAAACAGGAAGUACAGGGACACCCUGAUGCUUCAUGGGAAAUCCAGAGAGGGACAGGGAGAUUACCAAAUCAGUGGCUUCCCGUUAGACGACAGCACGGGUCCAGCAAAGGUCAGGAGAGUGAUCGAGCACUUGCGUACAGAUGUGGUUAAAGGACUCGGGGUGAAGCUAUUGGACAGAGUCCUGGACAUCAUGCAGGAAGAGGAUGAAGAGAAGAGAGAGCACCUACUGCAAGAGCUAAUGGGGGAGGAAAAAUACAAGCAGUAUGCACUGAAAGUCCAACAGCUGAAGUUCUUUGAGGACGUUGCAUUCAAGGACUGAGCCAGAUGCACACGAGGGAUCCCUUAUCAAACACUGAUAUGCCAUUACUGCUGGUGGGCAGCAGACUUUUGUGCUCUUAAACACUCCACUGAAGCCUCUUAUCAACAAUCACUGUUACUUUUUUAAUGUUUUUGUAAAUGUGAUAGAAGUGAGUUGAACGUAGAUAUGCAAAAAAAAAAUGCUGUUAUUAUGCACCUUUAAAUUUCACAAAAGCAUUAUUUUCAGACAUCAUCUUUCUUUUAGAAAUGUGAACCUAUGCUAUGUAGAUAGCAAUCUUGAAUCACAAAAGAGAUGUUAAAAAUAGUUGACUUUUUUUCUAAACUGUAUAUUUAUAUUACGAUAUAAUAUAAAUCGAUAAGGAAUGAUUUAUA